AGAAAAAUGAAGAGAGUGACGAUUCUGAAAAGAAAAUGGAGCAAGAAGAUGAAAAGGGUUUAGACAAAGAGGCUCAGGCUGAAAAGUUCGACCAAGAGAAGAAGGAAAAAGAAGAAGAAGAAGCUCAAGGAAAUGAAAAGAUGAAUGAACAGUAUCAGGUUGAAGAGAUAGAACAAGAAAAAAAGGAAAAUGAAGAAGAAAAAGAGUCGGAAGAUGCCCAAGACUCUAUGGCUAAGGAAAAUGAAGAAGAAAAAGAGUCGGAAGAUGCUCAAGACUCUAUGGCUAAGGGUCAUGAAGUCGAAAAUGUAUGUACAUUGCAGACAAGUGAAGAGAUUGGAGAGGUUGAUCAGACGGUUGAACCAGGACUGAACAUUGUUGAUGACUCUAUUGGCUUAGGGGAAUCAGAGGUA